AUGGCUGCCAGAGAUUUGACAUCCCAGAAUUCUAUUCCACUCUUCGCCUCAACUGCACAACACAACCACAGAAGUGUUGUAAAAUGUCGCGGUACUCAAGAAAGGAGCUCAACUAACCCUGCGUCGGUUGAUGGUUUAAUCCCAACAAGAUUGUCUCAUUUCUUGACGGCCCGCCCAAAUACCUUAGUUUGGAGGCUUAUGGUCAAAGAUGUUCAGAUGAUGCAAUGGCGUUUGGAACACACAUCGAAUAACGGCUUGGCUUUCUAUGUCACUGUGCUACACGCGAGUGCUACCUUUGUAUCCAAUUUCUCAGGUAUAGAACACAAGUCAUUUCAAAGAGUCUUCAUGGUUGAUAGAGACAUGGCCCUGUAUAUUUCACAGUAG